AUGGAGAAGACGCGGGAAAAGAAGAAUAUUCACAUGGGAAAAGAAAAAAGAGAAGAAGAAUUAGUGAAUACAGGAUAUCCGUUUUUCACCACAAACCUGACGAGUCUUGAGCCAACGCGAAAUGCAGUGAAAGUGGAACGCGUGAUUGCAGUUCCCCCAGGCGACAGUGCACUCCUCCUUGAGACCGGCGGCCUGAUUCGCCUGACACUCGAUGCACAAAUCCAUGAUGUGAUUGCGACAAAUGGCGCAGUUGUCGACCUGAAUGUCCCAUGCCCAGAGAGCGACGGCACUCCAUUUCUUGACUUCGAAACGCUUCUUCACCGUCUGGCUAGUCGCCUCCUCGACUUCCAUUGCGUUGCUGUCACUUGA